UUUGUUUCUUUUGUUAGCAAAGGCAGUGAAGCGCGUAAGGUGGAAAAUUAAGAACACUUGCACAAACUGCAAGCACAAGUACACAGUGAAGCUCUCAAGUCUUCUUGGUCACUUUGUUGGCUGUUUGGACACUUUGUUUGUUGCACUUUAAACUAAACAGAUGUCUGGAACCGCUGUGAAUUAUGGGCAUGAAGUGGAAAGAGCGCCGAAAAGUACUUUCCAAAUAGAGGACGUUGAAUAUGAGGAAGCUCGCAAGUGUCUGUUAUUCAAAAAUGGUGCGCGUACAGCACUGGUUUUUCUUUCCCUCGUACCCAUUCUCCCUAUCGGACUGAUCAGCGUGUUCUUCUGGUUUAGGGGCCGUAAGCGGAUGAAGGCAGGGGAAAAGAAAUCUUCAGUGAUUGAUUUUGCGGAAGCAGAAAACAUGGCAUUGACAUCUAUCUUGUUCGGCCUGUGUGGAUUACUGACAGUACUGAUUUGUAUCGAGCAACUUAAGAGAAACCUACAGACAAUCCACCCAAAAUAAUACUACCCACCACCCCCUAUGCACGACUCGGAUACCCCAGCGCGUACACAGGGGUGUGCGCGCACCCCCUUCCCUCCCCCCCUAGGCGCUAAAAGGGGGUCAUUUCUUUCUUAUUGAGGUCACAGGCUCCCCACCCUAUGCGCAUGAACGCUCAUGGAGAUCGGCAAUGCAUGCGCGCGCCUUUUUUGUACAUCUGAGUGAGAAAAAUACAUGAGAAAAUUACAUGAAUAUAGCAACAACAAAAAUACAUCUUUUUUCUUUUACUUUAUUCUUAAAAGUCAGAUGUACAAAAAAGGCGCGCGCGCAUGCAUUGCCGAUCUCCAUGAGCGUUCAUGCGCAUAGGAUGGGGCUUCUCUAUAUGAUACCUGCGUGACCCCAGCAAUUUCUGCGUACGCGCCUGGAUCUCAUUACGUCUACCGAAGUGGCUACUCACUUAUAUUGUUUAUUAUGCCUAGUGCACACUAGCAACAUAUCGACAUAAAGACAUGGGCGCGCGCACUCUUAUCUUCGACAUAACGACAUGGACAUAACGACAUAAGAGAAAAAACAUGAUUUUUCUUUUAUGUCAUUAUGUCCAUGUUGUUAUGUCGGGCGGCUAAACAUAGUGCGCGUGCCUAUGUCGUUAUGUUGUUAUGUUGCUAGUGUGCACUAGCCAUUAGAAGGCUCAAAGAAUAGAUUAGAUCUUGAUUAUUAUGACACAAAAGACCUAUGAUUUGAAUGAUGUCUACGACAAACAAGAUAUGAUAAUGCCAUGAUUUUAAUUAUUAUAAUUACCACCAUCAUGAUGACUGUGAUGAAAAAUGGUUAUUCAAAA